AUGGGUGACCCGCAAUUCGCAAAGUAUCCCGACCUGCAGCUGUCGCAGCACAUCUUCCAGCUCACAAAUCCCGCCGCCUCGAAACAAGCAAAGCAAGCUGCCCUGAAGUCGGUGCAGGAUGGCAUCAAGGAGAACAAGAUGGCGCCGCUGUACUGGUACCUCGCACACCCAACAGACGGCGUGCUCAAUGCGUCUGGCGAGGGCAGCGUCGACCAGCCGAGCAAGAACCGGAGACCCUCUGCCAGCCUCGCGACGAUGCUUGCCACGCGGACGCCCACGCUAGAAGUACCGCUGCCGUGGGACGAGAAGCUGUACGAGAGCCUCAAGGCCGAGUGCGAGAAGGAGCUGGAGGCGAUACAAAAGGAGGAGGAAGAGGCAGAAGAGAAGGCGGGCGAGACAGAGGUGCAGGCCGCGCGGGGAAAGCGCGCGGAGCUGUACAACCGCAUAGGCGACAAGGACAAGGCCAUUGCCAGCUACGAGGCCAUCUUCGAGAAGACGGGCAUCCUGGGCACCAAGAUCGACCUCGUGCUUGGCUAA